AUGCCUGGCGAAGAAGUCACGCACAUCCGGCGGCGGACGAUCCGCUCACUGGCCGCACCAUAUCGCCAGAGUAACCGAGACGGCUGCUCGCCUCAGAUUUGCCUCGCGCUGUUUGGCCUCUUCGCGGCGGCGAUUGGCACACUCUUCGGCAUGUUCUUUUUCAGCAUGCAGUUUCGCAAAUACAACGUUUGGCUUGGUGGUCAGCUCGAGUGGAGGUGCAGCCUCGUUGUCUGCUCGUUGCGAUAUGCUAGGCCGAGUUCCCUUAUGGAAAGGGCACUCGACAAGGUCUUGCAGAAACAGUAUGCCUCGCCCGAGAUGGAGCAAUGGGCCAUCGAUUUCUGCAAUGGCAAAGUAGAGCUCUUCCCGACAUUGUGGAACCUGAACUUUUGUGAGAACAAGGGCCUCAACACUGUCCAGUACAAAAUGUUCGGAGCCUUCUGCGAGCCCAGCACGUACUCGGGAAAGUACAUCGAUGGGAAGAUAUGGGGCAUCAUGAGCUACACUUCCCGCACGGCAUUUAUCAUGACCCUGCUGAGCCUUCUUGCAACACUGAUCACGGCGGCAUUCCUGAUGAAGGACCACCAGACAUGCGCAAGAACGAAGAAGCCGCGGUGGGCAGUCUCUGAGGAGAAGACGGGCAAGUUUCGGCCAUAUGUGAAGAUCUGUGCCGGCGUAGCACCCUUGCUGCUGGCACUGGCUGCGGUUCAAUACCGGUGGUGCCUCGCCACCUUCGAGCUCUACGGCGGGAUCCCCAAGCAGACAACGCUGGUUGGACUGAUGGGCUCGGAGUCUUCCGAGGUGUCCGUGGCUUGGGCGGUCGUCCUCCUGUUUGCAGUGUCGCUUCUGGAGGGUGGCAUGGCAGCAGCGCUGCUUGCCGGUCCGCUCAGGAGACCCGAGAGGCCGCUUGGGCUGGACAUCUUCGACACCUGCAUGGACGUGCAGUUGGAGCGGCGGAAGGGCAAAGAGGAAGUGGAGCUCUCGGCCAUGAAGGCGAGUCCACCUUCGUCCAGCCGAGGAGCUGCAUCGUCAGCUGGUGCUCCAUGCACAAAGGCCCCGCCGCCCCGGACAGUGCCAACAACAUCACAAAGUCCACGGCCAUAUGCCUCGCAGCAUGGACCGCAGUAUCCGCCACCGAAUCUGGCGCAGCAGCCGCUGCAGUACCCUCCGCAGCCCCAGAGGCCGUUCAUGCAGCCAAUGACGGGCCCACCUCUGCAUUUGCCAGGCGGUCCAACGCUGCGGCCCAAAGCUUCGCUGCCCGACUUGCCCCCAGGCAUUAUCCCUUCGGCCUCCCCGCGGCAGUACCAUGGCUUCCAGGCGCAUGUUCCCCCGAACUGGGCCAACACCACCAUGCACACGAGCAGCUGA